AUGUCUUCCAUCGUCUCCUCGGCCCUCCGUGCCUCUUUAACUCGUCCCUCCUGCUCGCGUACUGUCUUCACCCUGGUCUCCAACACCGUCCGCAUCACUUCGAGAGCCACUCCCGUAACCCUCAUCCAGCACUACAGACGCACAAUGGCUUCCGCCGCUAAGAUCAAGGUCAAGAACCCCGUCGUCGAGCUCGACGGCGACGAGAUGACCCGUGUCAUCUGGCAGGACAUCAAGGACAAGUUCAUCACCCCCUACCUCGACAUCGACCUCAAGUACUACGAUCUCGGCCUCGAGUACCGCGACCAGACCAACGACCAGGUCACCAUCGAUGCCGCCGAGGCCAUCAAGAAGUACUCGGUUGGUGUCAAGUGUGCCACCAUCACCCCCGAUGAAGCCCGCGUGGAGGAGUUCAAGCUGAAGCAGAUGUGGCUCUCCCCCAACGGCACCAUCCGCAACGCCCUCGGCGGUACCGUCUUCCGUGAGCCUAUUGUCAUUCCCCGUGUCCCCCGUCUGGUUCCCGGAUGGAAGAAACCCAUCAUCAUUGGCCGCCACGCCUUUGGCGACCAGUACCGGGCCAAGGACUUCGUCGCCCCCGGCCCCGGCAAGCUCAGCAUGGUCUACACCCCCGAGGGUGGUGAGCCCCAGGAGAUCGAGGUGUACAAGUUCCAGGGUGGCGGCGGUGUCGCCCAGACCCAGUACAACACUGACGAGUCCAUCACCGGUUUCGCCCACGCCUCUUUCAAGCUCGCCAUUGACAAAGGCCUCCCCCUAUACAUGAGCACCAAGAACACCAUUCUCAAGAAGUACGAUGGUCGCUUCAAGGACAUCUUCCAGGAGCUCUACGACACCCAGUACAAGGAGGCUUUCGAGGCCAAGGGUAUCUGGUAUGAGCACCGUCUCAUCGACGACAUGGUCGCUCAGAUGAUCAAGAGCAGCGGUGGUUACAUCAUGGCUCUCAAGAACUACGAUGGUGACGUCCAGUCCGACAUUGUCGCUCAGGGCUUCGGCUCCCUCGGUCUCAUGACCUCCGUUCUCAUCACCCCCGAUGGCAAGACCUUCGAGUCUGAGGCUGCCCACGGCACCGUCACCCGCCACUACCGUGAGCACCAAAAGGGCCGUGAGACCUCCACCAACCCCAUCGCCUCCAUCUUUGCCUGGACCCGCGGUCUCAUCCAGCGUGGCAAGCUCGACGACACCCCCGAGGUCGUUGCCUUUGCCGAGGCUCUCGAGAAGGCCUGCAUUGACACCGUCGACGUUGAUGGCAUCAUGACUAAGGAUCUUGCCCUUGCCUGCGGCAAGACUGGCCGUGAGGACUACGUCACCACCUCCGAGUACAUGGUCGCCGUUGAGAGAAGACUCAAGCAGAGCCUGAAGGAGAAGCUCUAA